GACCUGGCAGACACAUAUACCUUUCUCCUCUUUCCCACAAGCUCUCUCUCUCUCUCUCUGCCUAUCAUUUGCAAAGUACUUGCUUGACGUGCCGAUAUCUGAGACAUCCCCAUCCAUCCAUCAUCCUUCCAAACUUCCAUAUGCCCGUUUGUAACCAUUCACAUAACAAUGAUAAAGAUAGAGACACAUACCCUAAACACACAGACACACACACACACAAAUAAAUAAAUAUACAUAAUACGCAGAUAGAUAGAUAGAUAGACAACCACCCCUGCUAGUAACUCUUCACUAAUCCUGCACCUAUAUGUCUUGGCUGCAUCCCGAGAGGAGGGGCAAUUAAUUUCUUCCCUUUUUGCUUGUCCCGUUUCCCUCCCCCUCCCCUCUUCGCUUUUCUUCUGUUCGCUUCGCUUCCAAGUACGCAAUAAAACGCACGGGAAAAUAAUCCCUGUCUGUCUUGCCGAUGCCGACAAAAAGGAAUUAUCUAUUUAUCUAUUUAGUCUACCUCGGUAAGUUGCUCGGUAUGGUGUUUUCCCCGUCGGAAGGAGGGGGUUUGUGCACAGUAGAUGCUUUCUUUUCUCUCUCUCUCUCCAACUAUAGAAUAAGAAGUGGGAGUGGUGUUACACAGACGACUUAUCUAUUUAGACUGUCAAGUCUAUCAAUCUAUACUUAUUUCUAUGCUUUAUGUUAACUUUCAAUAGGAUGGGGAUAUUUCUUCUGCUCAUAUAC